UGGUCGGUUUUGUCUGUCUGCGGUACAAGCGGCGCGUCUGUUAAGUCAGGAGGUGUAGCACUGUGCGUUAUGCAGACGAUUCAGUUUGUUUUUAAUAUUGGAAAUUAUAAUGGUUAAUCAUAAUAAAACUGCAAGCCAUUUAAUUCGUCAGCGGGUUAACUAUUGAUAUUUGUAUUUACCGGUACAGUACGUCAUUUGAUUUAUGUAUAUGUCUUGAAAUCUAGUUCUGCAUUUCAGUAUAAAAAGGGGGACGAUCACAGAAGAGUACACAUAAGUAUUAUUAUUAGUAUUAAGAUUAGUAUUAUUGUUAGUGUUAUUAACACAACAGCAUUGCAAAUACCGUACCGCUCAGAUACAAAAAUGAAUGCAAGAGAGCACCUUCCACCUUUGCAAGAAUACGACUUUGAGCGGAGCUUUGAUGAGCGAGAGGCGAUCGAAUGGAUGCAGGAAAACUGGAGCAAGUCCUUUGUGUUCUCAGCCCUGUACGCCGCUGUGAUUUUCGGGGGGCAGCAGUUUAUGAAGGAGAGGCAAAAACUGGAGCUCCGCAAGCCCCUGGUUCUGUGGUCCCUCAGCCUGGCAGUCUUCAGUAUCAUCGGGGCUGUGCGGACCGGCUGGUACAUGCUGUACAUUCUGGACACCAGUGGCUUCAAGCAGUCCGUGUGUGACCAGAGCUUCUACAGCGGCCCUGUCAGCAAGUUCUGGGCGUACGCAUUUGUGCUGAGUAAGGCUCCCGAACUAGGGGACACAGUGUUCAUUGUGCUCCGGAAGCAGCCACUCAUCUUCCUGCACUGGUACCACCACAUCACGGUGCUGCUGUACUCCUGGUACUCCUACAAGGACCGCGUGGCAGGAGGGGGCUGGUUCAUGACCAUGAACUACCUGGCCCACGCGCUCAUGUACAGCUACUAUGCGGCGCGGGCGGCGGGCGUGCGGGUGCCCCGCCCCCUCGCCAUGCUCAUCACCACCAUGCAGAUCGCACAGAUGGUCAUGGGGCUGGUGGUCAGCGGCCUGGUCUUUUUCUGGAUGCAGGACGGACGUUGCUUCUCCUACCUAGACAAUAUCCUGUGGGCCUCCCUCAUGUACCUCAGCUACCUGUUCCUCUUCCUGUCCUUCUUCUAUCAGACCUACAUCAAGGGCGGGAGCAGCAGCAGGUACAGCGGCAGCAACAGCAGCAAGAAGACCGUCAAGGCAGACUAGAGGAGGUUAGGACCAGAGUCUCUGACGACUGUAAUAUUGGACUGGGUUGACCAUAGACUUUGCUGUAUUGGACUAGGCUGUUUCGGACUGGUCUGUGCUGUGUGUGACUAAAGUAUAAAAGACUGGACUGUAAUGAAGAAGAAAGUAUUCUUUGACAAACUUUAAAUCUUUCUCCGUGUGUCAUCGUAUUGCACAGACUGGAACGGACUGUGCUGUAGGUGACUGGACAGUGUGCUGUAUUGUAUUCGGUCUGUACAGGUAUAUAUAUAAAUGGAGACCUACUUGUCUUAAUGUGA